GUCCUGUUGGAGGGUGCCACCAACGGCGGCCUUUGCCUCGGUCGGAGUGUUUGUUGUUGUUGUUGGUUGUUGUUGUUGUCGUACACGCAAUUAAGGAGCGUGCAAACCCGGGUUUGGAUGAAGCUUCGCCUCCACUUUGUCUGCCUGUAGAGACCGCGGCGUCUCGAUUAAGAAGCUGACGCGCUCGGGAUGUAACCGGGGGAACGUUGCACGGGAAAAGCCCGACUCCCGCCGCGGAGCCUCGGCCUUGCCUAGAUCGCCUACCGAGUUUGGUGCGAGGGAGGCGGCGGGCCGCGCGGGCAUUAGGUUCGUGCGGCACUGUGAUGCCAAGAUGCCGACGGUAUGGCCCACCUUGCUCGACCUGGCCCGCGAGGAGUGCCUGGGCAUACUUCGCAAGCUGGAGCUGGAGGCGUACGCGGCGGCUGUGAGCGCCUUGCGCGCUCAGGGGGACCUCACCGUAGAGAAGCGCGAUCUGCUCAGCGAGCUCGGAAAGGUGUUCAGCAUUUCCACGGAACGGCACCGCGCGGAGGUGCGCAGGGCUUACAACGAUGAAAGGCUUUCCACCAUCGCUUUCCACGUGUCGGGGCCCAACAGCGGCACGGAGUGGUCCAUAGAGGGGCGCCGGCUCGUCCCGCUGUUGCCCCGGCUGCUGCCCCAGACGGUGCUGACGCGCUCAGCCAACUCGGCUGCCCUUGCCAUGUCCGCCCACAACGCCACGCUUCCGUCGCCCGGACUCACGGGCAACAAGGAAGUGGUGGUGAGCUACAGCUAUGCCAGCCCGUCCCCAAUCUCCCCCACCGUGUGCACCUCACCACUGGGUGGCGCCAGCAGCAGCAGCAACAACAGCAACAACAACAACAGCGGUGGUGGUGGCGGCGGCGUUGGGGCGGGUGGAAACGUUGGGGCGGGCAUUGGGGCGGCAGCAGCAGCAGCGGUGGUCCCUACCAAGUCUCCGCGUCCGGCUAGUCCGGCAUCGAGUGUUGUCGUGCUGCCCAGUGGGAACACCGUCUACGUGAAAAGCGUCAGCUGCUCCGAGGACGACGAAAAACCCCGCAAGAGGCGUCGCACCGACUCGUCGGGCUCUCCGUCGCUCGCUCUGAGCGACGGCACCCUCCGGCUCGCCACGUCGCCCUCGCCCCAGCAGCCGCCGCCGGCGCCGCUGCCGCCUCCGCAACCACCGCCGCCGUCGCCCGCCACCGCCACGCUCACCAGCCCCACCGCCGUGUCCGUGGGCCACCCAGCCUUGUCAGGGCCGAAGGUCGGCGUCUCCGUUACGGCCGGGUCGCUGUUUUCCGGCGGCAGCGGUGGCGGCGGCGGUCAAACGCAGCAGCAACAGCAGCAGCAGCAGAUGUUGAAGCAGCAGCAGCAGCAGCACACGCACCACAUGUCGCCCGUGAAGAUUACGUUCACGCGGCCCGUCACGCCCACCACGGCGAGCUCCACGCAGAAGGUGAUAAUCGUGAGCACCACCGCGGGCCCCACCUUUCUGCCGGGCAUCCUGUCCAAGCCUCACGGCCUCGUGCAGCCGGGCGGUGGCGCCGUCGCUCCCCAGCACCGCGCGCCGCCCGUGCUCAUCGCGUCCAGCUCGGGCGGACACGGCGGCCAGCCCCUGCUGCUGGGGGCGCCCAUCGCCGUGGCAACCGGGUCCUCGGCCGCCACCGUUUCCGUGGCGACGAGCUCGCACGCCGCCCUGCACCAAGGUCUGAGCGUGGUGGCUGGCGGCAAGGUGGGGCCACCCACCAAGGCGCCCGUCAUGGGCCCCGCGCGAGCCGUGGCAACCAACCUGCCACAGCAGAUGGGCACGGGCAGCGGAGGCGGACAGAGCGCCGCUCAGAAACCCACCAUCCAGAUCAAGCAGGAGUCGGCAGGCGUGAAGAUCAUCACGCAGCAGCUGCCGCAGAGCAAAAUCCUACCGAAGCCGGCCGGCGUGGCAACCACCGCGGCGCCUAUCAUGGUGGUGAGCAACCCGGCUGCCGUAGUGACCACCCGCCUCGUCACCGCGCCAACGGCAGUCAGCUCCCGUGUGGCGUCGCCGGGUCCCACCUAUCUGAAAACGACCAGCGGCAACAUCAUCACGGUGGUGCCCAAGUCGCUGGCGUCAUCGCUGGGCGGAAAACUUCUGAGUUCCACCGUCAUGUCCGGCACAACAACGAAGAUCACGACCAUUCCGGUGUCGAUGGCCUCCAAGUCGAACGUGAUCGUGGUGCAGAAAGCGCCCGGCAAGGGAGCCUCCAUCCAGGGUCUCGCGGGGAAGAGCGUCGUCACAACGCUGCUGGGAGCGGCCAGCAUGGGAGGAGCGGGCGAGAAAGGGCUCCAAGGAACGUCGUCGGGGCCGAAGCCCACCAUCCUGACGACGGCACGGUCCGGUAUCGGCGGCGGCGGCGGCACCAUCUCGAAGAUGAUCGUGACGCAGAACAAGCCGGGAGGUGUGCCUCCCGUCCCCGCCGCCAAAAUCCUGCCGCCCAAAAACCCUUACACGCAGCCUCAGGUGCUGAUUAAGCCAAAGCCCAUUGCCACGACGAUGUCGAUGGUGGGCGUUUCCGUAGCGACGGCCACGCAUGAUGCAGACAGUACAGGCGCCGGAGAUGCAGCAGCAGAUGAGGACAGGAGGGAGGAUAUGGAUUCUUCCGUUGCCAUGGAAACGGGCACUACCAUCUUGCAAGGCUGGAAGGACGCCAUGGACGUGAGCGAGGCUUCGGCAGCCUCCCACUCGGCAACCUCCACCAUCCGGGCCUUCAUGGAGAUGCAGAAGCCUGGAGGCUUGUACCCGCCCCUCCCUCCUCACUGCCUGCUGGGAACACUGGGCAGCAAGGCGUCCCGCAGUCGGGACAAACCUCGCAUGCCAACCAUCGACCUGAGCCACAUGGUGAUUCCCGUCGCCAGGGGAACGGAUGUUGUCGUCACGACAACCACGGGCGACCGGACAAACCGCACGGUCACGGCCAGCAUCAAGACACAAGAGGGGGUGACCAUGGUGGGCACAAGGGCUCCAAGCGAUCACGACUACCCGGGAGGCGAGGACGGAAUCCUGGACCCGCAGACGGGCCUGUUUUACCGCGCUCCUCUCUCCCGCCUGCCCGUCGCCGCCACAAGACAGCCCACCGUCAUCGCCUCUACCUCCACCAUCACCACCACCACCUCCAUCGGCACCAGUAGCACCAUCAGCAGCACCAUAACUGUGCAGCCUUUGAUCACCAAGGGGGGCGCGGUCCCCAAGAUAAGUUUUGCGCCGUCCGUGAACCGAGCUGAGGUGCACACCCUCUCGUGCCGGCCUGCUCUGCCGAGUCAAGGACAGAAACCUCUGGCAGGGGCUCGCGCGACAGACAUCCUGCGGAUGUCGAUGCUGGAAGCUCGCCUGGACGUGAGUGAAGCGGCCAGGGAGGCCGCGAGGGCGGCGGCGGUGGCGGCGGCGGCGGCAGCGGGCAAGGGGGGGGCAGGCCACGGGCAAGGUCAGGGAGCGGUGACAGCCGUCGUCGGCAGCGGGGGCACGGCGGGCGACGAGAAGAAAAUAAUAACCGGGCGAAUUAUCGACCUGCAAAAGUCUGGCGUCCUCAGCGGGGAGCAAGGCAUGCUGGGAGUGCGACUGGUGCCGACCACGGCGCGGGCAUCCGGGAAAACGGGCGACAUCGCGGGCGACAUCGUCCCUCAGCGACUGGCCGGCUUCCCGAUCGUCUGCGGGGGGACCAUGCUGAUGAGCACCAGCGGCGGUCGAAGCAGCCCGAGCGUCAGCAACUCCAGCGUCGCCGGCGGUGUCGCUGGCGGUGGAGGUGUCGCUGGUGGUGGAGGCGUCGCCGGUGGCGUCGCUGGCGGUGGAGGCGUCGCCGGCGGUGUCGCUGGCAGUGGAGGCGUCGGCGGCGGUGCUGGCGGUGGAGGCGGCGGUGUUGCUGGCGGCGGCGGCAGCGGCAACGAGGGCGGGGCGAGGGGGCCAGCGGGUUCGAGCGGCGCCAGCGUCGUGGUGGAGCCCAGCGGGCUGCUCAACGUGACGGCCUUCACCAGCCAGCGCGUGCGCGAGGACCCCUUUGGGCGGCCGAGGGAGUCGCCCGACUCGGCCUCGGAUGACGACGUCGACGAAACGUGAUGCGUCGCGUCGCGUCGAGUGCACGGGGACCGUGGUACGUGUGAGUGCGUGUGCGUUAUGCGUGCGUUAUGUGUGAGUGCGUGCGCGUUACGUGCGCGUUACGUGUGAGUGCGUGCGCGUUACGUGUGCGUUACGUGUGCGUUAUGUGUGCGUUACGUGUCAGUGCGUGCACGUUACGUGUGAGUGCGUGCGCGUUACGUGUGAGUGCGUUACGUGUGAGUGCGUGCGCGUUACGUGCGCGUUACGUGCGCAUUAUGUGAGUGCGUGUGCGUUACGUGUGCGUUACGUGUGAGUGCGUGCGUCGAGCACCACCGAGUGUGCUACGUCAAGUGCGUGCGUGUUACGUGUGUGCGUGUGUGCGUUGAACACCGGGCGUGUUCCGUGCGAGCGCUUGCGUUGAGAGCGAGCGUGUUACAUGCGAGUGCGUGUGCGUUUAAGCGCGAGCGCGCAUUUACUGUAUUUUUAUUACUAACCGACCGCCAAUGUUAUUAAAUGUACUUUUUUACGUUUUCAGUUAUUUUAUUAAAUGCCUUCGAGUUGGUUUGGCAACGCGCACAACGUGCGCGCCAACGGUAGGAAAUCACGACUCUUAUUUGUACCCAGCCUGCACGCAUCUUGCUCUUGUGCGACGGCAUUUGCUCAUAACUUACGUAAAGUGUUUGCAAUUGAAUCUCCGAGUUGAUGUUUUUUUUUUCACGUCAUAUUAUAUUUUAUUAAAGAGCGUUGAACAGUGGUCAUUGCUCAUCAUUCACUCACGGUAGCCCUUUCAUGUUCUGACAAAAGGGAUUUUGCCGUGUUAGGCUAUGGGAAAAUGCGUAAUGAAUGAAGGUCAAGACGCCUUCACUGCCAGUGCCGUUGACUCCAGCGCACCUCCCGCCGUCCUGCCAGAUCCCGCAGCAGUUGAAGGGUCGACAUCCAAAAUUCAAGGUGCGAUGAAAUGCUCAAACCGAAGCAAAUGCAGAUCUAUAAAUAAAGUUGCGGCAAAAUUUUAAAGGCGGCCAUCUCAUUGAAAGCGAAACUGUCCGUUGGUGAUCGCGUUGUUCUCAUUGCUUUCCAAUGUGGGCAGUAAUAAAACGAGGUGUGGUUAUAUUUGCAGCAGCAUGUAAAUCCAACCCAUAUGGUCAAGACGCUGUACAGAAACCAGUUCUAAGAGUGUAGACAAAGUGUCAGAGUGACGGAAACUAGACUGGCUGGCUGGUAGUGUGUAGGGGAGUACAUUUUAAACAACAAAAAAAUGAAUCAACUCACGAUACCGACUAAUAAAAUCCCUGUGAACUCGUGAUACGGUCGCUGCAUUCAUUCUAAAGGGGACACGUUUGCCAGAUUCUGGUGAACGUCACAGGAAAAAUAACAAUUCGUGCGGUUGACUUCCCCCCCCCCCCCCCCCCUCUUGCCCCGACCAACGUCUUAGUGAUGCUGCGAGAGAUCGCAUUGCAAAGGUUUCUGGGGGGAAAGUGUUUGCGACGAGCUGCGUAAAUAUUCUGGUAAGCCAAAGGAAUGAAUUGACCUUUCUUGUUCCUCUGCCUCUUUCCUAUACAACUCUGUUGUCUUGAGUUUCGUCGCACUUCCCGUACUUUGCAGAUAGUACGAUGAAGGCUUUGAUGAUCAUCUUUAAAGCUUUUAAAUAGAACCCACAGAGGCAUUCGGCACGUGAAGCUCAUCUGUGUCUGUGUCAUAAUGACCUAGCAUUAAACUUUUUCUGGCUAUACUCAGAUUUAAGU